AUUGAGUGGUAUGUAUGUAAACUUCCAUAUAUAGUUUUGCAUAAAGUCUAUAAAUGCAGAAGAAGAAAGAAGAGUCUGAAGAGCGUACCUUGCAGAGAUGACUGCUGCAGUGAAAAGAGAAGCUAAGCAAGAAGAAGAUGGAGCAGUUGCAGAAACUGAAGCUGAUCUGAAAGGGAAGAAAUUAUCGUGGGGAAAGCUUCGUGGAAUCGACUCGUUUAAUUUUGAGGCUGGAAGAAUCCCAAAUAUUCAUGAUCAUGGCAUCAAGGUGGGAUGGACAAGCACAUUUAGUUUGGCAUUCCAGAGCAUAGGGGUGGUGUAUGGAGACAUAGGCACUUCACCUCUCUAUGUAUAUUCAAGCACCUUUAUUGAUGGAAUUAAGGAAAAAGAUGACAUAUUGGGGGUUCUAUCCUCCUAUCCCUCAUUCUUUAUACCUUAA